CCGAAUUCAGGACGUCUUCUUUUUUUUGGGGGUUCUUUUUCUUGUUUUAGAUACAUAUUUGGAUCGGCUUUGUUAUCUUCUCUUCUUUAUUUUUUUAUAUCUUGUUUUAUUAUACUCUUUACCCACUCCGGCAGAUCACGAAAAAGGUUUACCGGGCUUCGAUAAUAACUAUACCGACAAUUCUUCAUACGACCUAUCUACACGACCGAGUUCAACUAGCAAUCUGGAAUUGGAUAUAUUUGAACUGGAAUUGGGCAUGGGUCAAUUGUUACCUCGAAAUUGAUGCGUUUAUUGGGAGGAAACACAAACGAAAUUACGAAUAUUUAACGAAGUGCGACUCAACGAAUUGACGGACUAUUCAAACACAAACCGACUAUAGAGGCGAGAGGCAGAAACUGAAGUGAAGUGAAACAAUCAAUCGAAUUAUAAGGAAGAAGCAGGGGAGAAACGCUGAGCCAGGAAUUGGUCAAUCCGCAUGUCUCAACCACCCGGACGAGGAUCAGAUAGAAAUCAUCGCAAAGAGAACAACGAUAUGGCUCUUACUUAUACCGGUGGAUAUCCUGCGCCUGGCAGUCAGACUCUUCCGUCUUUUCGUGAACUCCUACCAGAACAUCUUCAUAAAGAAAUAGAUCAAGCGGCAUACUAUUCCUCGCAAUCUCAGUCCACAGAUCGCCAUCGUACACCAGAUCCUUCUUCUUACAACAAAUCAAUAUCUCCACUUCCAUACCCGCAUUCAUCAUCAACAACAGGAUCCAGCGGACGAGGUAGACCAAAUCAGCUAUUACCUCCUUUAAGAAAUCUACAAUCUUCGAGCCGUCACCACCGUGGCCGUCCGAUGAGCUCCUACGAUGAUGCAUCCAGCCGAUCUGGAUCAAGCUCAGGAAGGGGAUAUAUUUCAUCGCGAGGAAGCACGGAAGAUGACCGGAGAUAUCGAUCAGCCUCUGGUACAGCCAUGUACGAUAAUCAGAACGCAUACGAUCCAGCCCGCUAUGCCGCUCAACAGCCAUACAUGGGAUCCUCGUAUCCGAGCAGUAACCACUCUGGACAGAGUGCUGAUUAUGAUUACCCUUCACCUAUGAGCGGACACAGUCAUACGCUACCCGCUUCGUCGACGAGUUUCGGUGCAAUGGGUGGCGGCGGUGGUGGUGCCAAUGAUCUACUCGACUCGCGCGGUAAAAGGAGAAGAGGCAACCUGCCGAAAAACGUUACGGAUGUUUUGCGUGCGUGGUUUCAUGAACAUUUGGAUCAUCCAUACCCCACAGAGGAGGAUAAACAGAGAUUUAUGAAUGAAACGAAUUUGACUAUGAGUCAGAUCAGUAACUGGUUCAUCAAUGCCCGAAGACGACAAUUACCUGCACUUCGGAAUCAGCUUCGAAACAGCGAUGGAGAGCAUCUCUCACGAGGACAUUCGCCGAUGAGUGAUGUCGAAGCAUCAAUGUCACCACCUCAUUCGAGGCAUUGAUGAGGAUGGUCCUCUAUACAUACAACGGAGUCUUUCAAUGGGAAGGUUCCAGCUAUCACAAAAUUACACGAUAUUACAUAUUUAAUACUUCUAACUAGCCCACACGACGAGCGGGCUGCUGGUUUCUUUUCUCUACCUGUCUAUCAAAUUAUAUCGUCUUCCUAAACGUCCCCUGCACCUAUAUGCUAUGCUCUAUUUGCGUGGAUCCGGCGCAUUGCUUUUCUCUGCUUGCUUUUCAAGGUUGUCUGUUGAGGUCUGAUCGAGAUGAUACCCUGUCCAUUUCUGUCCUGCAUUUCGUAUUGAUGUCAUACCUGUUGCAAACUUCAGAAUAAUAGCCAUACA